AUGGAGCAAGUAAAGCGUCAACAAAAUAAUUUGUUUGAUAAUUAUGAUGAUAGCAAGAGAAAAAAGAUAGCAAGUAAAAGUCACGAUUGUUUAUCGAGAGAAACUAUUACAAAUUUUGAAGUUCUUUCUAAUGAACUUAUUUAUGAGGUAUUUGAAUUUCUCGAUUAUUUUCAUAUAUAUAAAGCUUUUUUCAAUCUUAACAUACGAUUUCGCAAUCUUCUUACAAAUUCAAGUCUUCCUAUUAAAGUCAAUAUUUCAUCCAUAUCUAAAUCAGCUUAUCAACAAUAUUAUACAGAUAUUAUCAGGACCAAUGCCUAUCGAAUUAAUUCACUUCGAUUAUCAAAUUUAUUUAUUUAUGGUCUUACAUCGUCACCAAUUCAAAUUCUAUCAAAAUUUCUUCAACUUGAAAGACUGAUUCUUGAUAAUAUUGAAUCAAAAUAUUUGAAAAAACUUCUUCAUUCAUUAAAAUCUUUGUCUAUGCUCUCUUCAUUGACUAUUACUUCACUUGAUAAUAUUAAAAAUAAGAAUGCUAUCUAUCAUCAAAUAUUUUGUCUACCUGCUUUGAAAUAUUGCAAGGUGUCCUUGGAAGGAUAUUCUAACGAUGAUGAUCCAUUACCAUCAAUUACUAAUGAUUACAGUCCAAUCGAACAUCUAGUCAUCAACGAUGAUAUGUACUUGGACGAACUUAAUUGCUUGACAUCAUAUGUUCCUCAACUUCGUCGUUUUUCAAUUCAACUACGACCAGAAUAUUGGAAACAACGGACAAAAAUACGUCCACCUACAUUAAAUCAUUUGACACAUGUUUUUCUCAAAAUGAAUUACGUAAAUUUUAAUCAAUUCGAACAAUUAGUCAUUGAUCUUUUCGCUACAAUUCAAUUUUUACGCAUUUCGAUAACAUAUAAUGGUGAUACGGAAUAUAUGAAUAAUAAAAGGUGGGAACAACUGAUAUUAUCCCAUAUGCCGAAUUUACGUAUAUUUGACAUCCGAUAUGAACGUUGCCUUUAUAAUAUGCCUCCUGAUGAUAAUAAUCAGUUGACAUUAGAUAGUUACAUCAAUCAGUUUACAACCCCAUUUUGGAUUGAACGACAAUGGUUUUUUGCACUUCGAAGAAAAAGUUAUACAUUAUCACAGACAUCAAAUCAAAAAACUUGUUUAAACUCUUCCGAAACUAAUCUUAGAACAGUUCGUCAUGUUCGAAUUCAAUGUGAAAAAGAACUGAUCAAUUGGGUAAAUUAUUUUCCAAAUGCUACGGAACUUACUUUUGAAAGUGGUUUUUCUACUACUCAUGAAUCAAUUGCAAAUAUGCUCAGACGUAUUAUUCCAUUGGAACAACUGUCUAUACUAGUUCUUGAAUGUCAUUAUUUUUCUUUUAUCAAAUUAAUUGAAUUAUUACGCUUUAUUCCCAAUAUUGAUACAUUGAUAUUUAAAUCUAUGCCUUUUUACAGAAACAAUUGUAUAUCAAUUCAACAAACUGAAACUUUUCGAUUAGUCUCCAAUAAAAAUAGGAUUACAAAUGUGACUUUUAAAGAAGUUUGCACAUUAGAAAAGCUUCGAUUGCUUGUUGCCUUGUGUCCUCGAUUACAAAGUCUUACAAUAAAAAUACAUAUGAAGGAUUUAGAAUCAAUAACACGAUUUCUAUUGGAAAAUAAUACUAAAGAGAAUACUGAUCAUUUAUGUUCGUUAUGUUUUUCAGCAGCAUCAACUAAGUGGUUCGAAAAAUUGGAUAUAUUGAUUAAAUCAGAGAUACUUCUUGAUGUUUAUAACUUAAAACUCGUCGGUUCGAAUUUAUAUUUAUGGUGGUAA